UUUUUGAAGGCCAAUUUGAUAAAUUUCCUCAUUCCCCGCUCCCGCAAGCACCUCGAACCCGAAGAGAAGCGCAUCAAUCAUCAAUGGGAACGUCAGUGCAGGUGAAGCCAUUGUGUGGAGUGUACAAUGAAAACCCUCUCUCGUAUCUUGUCUCCGUUGAUGGCUUUAACUUCCUUAUUGAUUGUGGUUGGAAUGACCACUUCGAUACCUCCCUUCUUCAACCCUUGUCCAGGGUAGCAUCAACAGUGGAUGCCGUGCUGCUCUCAUAUCCAGACACGCUCCACCUUGGUGCCCUACCAUAUGCCAUGAAACAGUUUGGAUUAGCCGCGCCUGUUUAUGCCACUGAACCUGUUUAUAGAUUAGGAUUUCUAACGAUGUAUGACCAAUAUCUAUCAAGGAAGCAAUCAUCAGAUUUUGGUUUGUUUACUCUGGAUGAUGUCGACUAUGCAUUUCAAAAUGUCACCCGGUUAACGUACUCUCAGAACUAUCAUUUGUCAGGGAAAGGCGAAGGAAUUGUCAUUGCUCCACAUGUGGCUGGUCAUCUCCUAGGUGGUACUGUCUGGAAGAUAACAAAAGAUGGGGAAGAUGUUAUAUAUGCUGUGGACUUCAAUCAUCGCAAAGAAAGACAUUUAAAUGGAACCAUUCUAGAAUCUUUUGUUCGGCCUGCUGUCCUAAUCACUGAUGCGUAUAAUGCUUUGAGCAAUCAGCCCUCAAGACGUCAGAGGGAUCAAGAGUUUCUUGACAUCAUUGAUAAAACUCUAAAUGCUGGUGGAAAAGUAUUGCUACCGGUAGAUACUGCUGGUAGAGUAUUGGAGCUUCUUUUGUUGCUAGAACAGCACUGGAAUCACAAGGGCUUGAGCUAUUCUGUGUUUUUUCUCACAUAUGUUGCAUCAAGUACAAUUGACUUUGUUAAGAGCUUCCUUGAGUGGAUGAGUGAUUCAAUAGCCAAGUCUUUUGAGGACACACGAGAUAAUGCUUUUCUUUUGAAGCAUAUCACACUUUUGAUAAACAGUAGUGAGCUUGAGAAGUUGCCAGAUGGCCCUAAGGUUGUUCUGGCAUCCAUGGCUAGCCUAGAAGCUGGAUUUUCUCAUGACAUAUUUGUUGAAUGGGCCACUGAUACAAGGAAUCUUGUUUUAUUCACUGAAAGAGGACAGUUUGGAACACUUGCACGCAUGCUUCAAUCUGAUCCGCCUCCUAAAGCCGUUAAAGUUAUCAUGUCCAAGAGAAUACCUUUGGUUGGAGAGGAGCUAGCUGCUUAUGAGGCAGAACAAACUAGGAUAAAGGAGGAAGCUCUAAAAGCUAGUAUGAUUAAGGAUGAAAAAUCAAAAGCAUCUCUUGGGGCUGACCUUACCACGAGUGACCCCAUGGUCAUUGACUCAUCUAUUGUCACACAUAUGCCUUCAAACACUACCAGUAGACAUGUUGGUGCAUUUAAGGAUGUAUUUAUUGAUGGGUUUGCCCCCCCUUCUUCUAGUGUCGCACCAAUAUUCCCCUGCUAUGAUAACUCAGCAGAUUGGGAUGAUUUUGGUGAAGUCAUCAAUCCUGAUGAUUAUGUGAGCAAGGAUGAACAUAUGGAGCCAUCAUUGGUUGAUGGCAAUCUUCUAGGAAAAUUGGAUGAAGGAUCUGCUAGCCUUAUAUUUGAUACUACUCCAUCAAAAGUUGAAUCAUCUGAGCUAACAGUCCCAGUGAAAUGUUCCUUGGUUUACAUGGAUUUUGAAGGCAGAUCCGAUGGUCGCUCAAUUAAAUCAAUUCUUGCCCAUGUCGCUCCAUUAAAGCUUGUUUUGGUACAUGGUACAGCCGAAGCAACAGAGCAUCUGAAACAACAUUGUCUCAAGCAUGUGUGCACACAUGUCUAUGCCCCCCAAAUUGAAGAAACAAUUGAUGUCACCUCAGAUUUGUGCGCAUAUAAGGUCCAACUUUCAGAGAAGUUAAUGAGCAAUGUGCUUUUUAAGAAGCUUGGAGACUACGAAAUAGCAUGGGUUGAUGCUGAAGUGGGGAAGACGGAGACUGGUGUGUUGUCUUUACUCCCCCUUUCGCAUCCUGCUCCACCACAUAAAACAGUACUUGUUGGAGACCUGAAAUUGUCGGAUUUCAAGCAGUUUCUUGCGAGCAAGGGUAUGCAGGUAGAAUUUGCAGGUGGAGCCUUGAGGUGUGGGGAGUAUGUGACCCUGCGAAAAAUAGGAGAUGCAAGCCAAAGGGGUGCUGCUGCUUCUACACAACAGAUCGUUCUUGAGGGCCCACUCUCUGAAGAAUAUUAUACAAUUAGGGAGUGUUUAUAUUCACAAUUUUAUUCCCUUUAAUCCGAGGAAUUAGCUCCUGAUUCUGCUCGCUGUCAAGUGUACCGCUUCUAAGCAUUGUUGUAUUCAUUUUUUUUUUAUGACAAUCCGAUGGAGUGGAGGAGGGGUGGAUAGUUACCCCUGCCCUUGUUAUAAAUAUCCCACUCGAAAAUGCGGGGGAAACAUAUCAUCUUAUGUAGUGCAGAAUGUUGGGUCCCAAUUAUCAGUGUUUAGUGCUGACUUGAUAUAGUCUGAUAUCAGUAAUUUUUUAGUCCUCUCAGUGAAGGUAUGAGUUCACUAAUUGCCCCACAAAAUGCUUGCCAGAGAUUGUGUAGAGUAUUUUCUAAAGGACAUGCUAUUUGAUGUUAUUAGAAUGUCCCUUGCUAAGAGCUUGAUUUUUUUUAUUUGAUUCCACCGUAGGUUUUGGAAAGCGUUGAACACAGCCUGCUUCUGGAUUUGAAAUCGUUGGGUCUCGGUGGAAAAGUUAAGGCGUCUCUUAUCUUAUUGUUAGGGUGGCAAAGGAACCAAUUGUUUUUUUUUCCUGGAUUCUGAAUGUUUAAUGAGUUGAACAUGUUUAGAUAUCCAGAUUCUCUCAAGAGUGACUGUAUUAGUUACAUACAAAAUGAAGCUUUUGAUGUCAUGAAAUUGUUCAUCUAUAGUUUUAAAUUAUGGUGGAACUGUGGAAGUGCUUAAUGUCAGAAGCAUAAGUUACAAAGUAAGACAAAAGAAGUAACUUUUGUAGUGAGAAAAAGAA